CACAAAUGUCAACCAAAUGUCAAAAUAAUCAACAAAAAUAUCCGCAGAAAUGAAUUUAAAAACCUAAUUCUUCACUUCCUCCACGAAAAAAACCCAAAUCACGCCUCUCGCAAGAAACUCGGCACCUCGACCACCACUCCAGCAAUGGUGCGAGUUAUCUCGGUGCACCAUUUCUCCAGCCAGCACAUACAGACAGUCGAACAGCCCACGGCAUGCACGGUGGCACCCCCAGAUAAGCUGCUGCUGGCCCUAACGAGUAACUGCAUUGAAGUGAGGGACUUGAAGAAUGAGUCGGAUGUGCUGUUCACGUUCCCUUCGGUGGACGAAGUUAUCCAGAUUGUGCAUUGUCGAAAUGGCGACUUCGUCGCAACCCUCGAAACCAAAUUCAACCGCCAGAACAAAGACACGAACUUCGUCCGCGUCUACAUCAACUGGGACAGCGUAGCUGCUCUCCAGCAGUCGAAGAUGACGAGCAGCGGAGUGAGCCUGGGCUCGUCCGAGUGCGGCAUGGUCCAGCCAAUGCGGGCCCGGAUCGCCGGAAGAGUGACACCAACAACCAACCAAUCGGAGUUAGGCAGCCUGGAGAUGAUCGAGAUACCCGUCAAACGUAACCCUAACCACAUCGCAUGCUGCCAAGUCUCGGGCAACCUCUUCAUUCUAUCCGGAAAAGUCAUCAACAUCUACAAGUUCCAAGUGAAAACCCACGACAUAUCCCGGAUGAGGUUCAUCGAUUUCGAGGAAAUGGGGUUCUGCUUGGAGUUGACGUUCUAUCCGAUACAGAUGGCCGUGUGCGAGAACUACGUGGCGUGCAUGAGCAGGGACAGCAUGUACAUGUUUAAGCUGGUGGUGGGGAGCAAAGAUGGCGGCGGGGAGAUGAGUCAUUCCGGGGAACAUGAUUUUAAUUUUGGAUAUUCCCACGACGAGCCCCUCGACUACAAAAAACUCGUCCGCGACGAAGCCUUCGGCGUAUCCAAAACCAAACUAACCGUGCACCUCCCCACCAUAAUCCGCGACAACAGCAUAAUCCACAAACACAGCCCUUUCACCUUCACCGACAAAGAAAUGACGGCCAAAAUCCACUCCAACCUAGGCGGCGACAUAAAAAUAUUCAACUACGUCAUCAAAAACCUAAUCCAGUUGAAACUAAUCCCGAUCCUGGUGGAGAGCGCGCAGCGCCAAAUCACCGAAGAGUUCAAAUGCAUGAUCCUGAAGCCGCUCUACAUCGACGAGAGCCUGAACAAAGUCAAGGACGGCGAAAGCCGCCUACUCAGAAGCGACUACCGAAAGAGCUUGAACAGCGUCGUUUGCAUGGUUGCUACGCAACAAGAGGGUUAUUUACACUAUUUCAGCGAAGCGGAGUGCGUAGAAGGCGAUCAUUGCAUAGCUGUAUACCCCUUCACCGCCCCCGUACACAAACUCGUAAUGGAAGAUUAUUUUCUGCACGCGUUGACCGAAACCGGGCUCGAGUCGUACACGCUACGUUUCGGACACAAACUCUUCAGGAGUUUCGAGAUAGUGGAUGACGUCAGUGUGGCGUGCCCUUCGAUCAACGACAGCAUUUGUUUAGUGGGUUUGCGACCGUUUCUAGGAGUGGAGCAGAUUUUGUUGUCAGAGCAUAAUCUAGUCCUCCUUGCGAAUUCUGACAGUUCCCCCACCCACUCGGUCAGUUCGAAUAGUAGCUCGACCGCUGCCUAUUGGACAUUGUACAACCUUGAACUGCCGACCCCGAAGACCAUUUUCAACGACAUUUCGAUCCUGGCCAACGUUCAUAGGUUCACGUCCAGCCAGACCUACUGUCAUUUGAUGAGCGAGGCUCACGUGAUCUUGCGGGUGGCGCUUGUUUUGAAAAAGUGGGGCGUGGUCGACGAGAACGUCAAGUUGAUAUUGGCGGUUAAGAGUAAUAACGAUGACGUCAUCGAGACGUAUAGGACGUCGUGUGCGUUAUUGGCUGAUCAUUAUAUCAUGUGUGGUAAUGAGGAGGAUUAUUGUUUGGCGAUUCCGUACUACAAGAUGGCGCGGGUGUCGCCCACUGAGGUUUUGAGGAGGGUGAAGAAGAUUCAAGAGCAGUCGAAUAAUCAUCAGACUAGGGGGUUGAUUAAUUAUUUGAAGGCGAUUUUGUUGGAGGUGAGGCACAGUUGGGAGGCUGAUAAGUUUUUCAGUGGGGGGUCGAAGCAGAGUUUCGCUGAGACGAUUUUGGGGUUGUUGGAGAGUCACGAUUUUGAUGAUUUGGCCAGUUUGAUUUUGAAGAGUAGUAUUUUGAGGGAGUACUCCACGGAUAGGUUGAUUCAUAUUUUGAGCGACAAAAUCGCAAGAGACGACACAAAAUCCGCCGACCUCUCCCUAGCCCUCGCCAUCCUCUACACCCAAAAAUGCAACAUCAAAAAAGCUCAAGAUUGCCUCUCCGAAAUCCCCCAAGGCUCCCUCCUCACCUCCUUAUCCGACAACUGGGAACUCCUCUUCGACACCACCCAAAACUACCAAAACAAAACAAAAAUCGUAACCACCUUCUCCGAAUUCGCCGUCGUCUUGAUAAGCUCCUACCCCGACACCAUCUCCGAGACCCUCGUCGUCCUCAUAAUGGACAAAAAAGCCAUCAACCUGAACAAACUGAUCAAGGUGUUCCUCGAGUACCUCCCCUCGAGCAUCGGCAGCGACAGCAACACCGCCAGCCUGGUCCUCCAGAAAACCCUCGAAAUGUACUUCAAGCAGUACUUCGUCAAGGUCGGCGACACCGACAUCUCCAAAAUCAUAUACGAGCGCGGGGCCAACGAGGCCAUGAAACUCCUAGUCCGGUCGUACUUGUCGCAGCUCCAAAUCCUCCAACUCAAGGAAGACGUGUCGAAGAAGGAGGAGAUGACGUCAAGUUUCAGCAAACUCGAGCGCGAGAUUCUGGGGGAGGGGGAUGAUAAGCCGAAGCCGUACUUCGACGAUAAGAAUGAUAAGAAGUCGCAGGAGAGUUACUUGUUCGCGAGCUUCAGGUACGACUAUUUGGACAAAAUGGCGCCGUUUCAGGUCGAGAUUACGUCGAAGUUGUACGAGGCGUGUCUGGAGAAUUAUACGGCGAAGGAGACGUUUAGAGCGAACGAAGAUGCCGACUUUGUGUUGAAGAAGUUGCAGGCGGUUUUGUCGAGUCAGAUCGUUUCGAAGCAAGUGAUAGGCGAAGUGAAUGCGUUUUUGUCGUUGAACGAGAAUCUGAGGGGGAGUUUGAGUUUGCAGUCAAUCAUCAUGAACACUAAUGAUGCCGUGCAGUUGUUGAUUGACGCGUGUCCGCAGUGUUUGUUGCAGUUUGGAAAGGACCGGUUCUCACGCACUGACGAAUGGAAGUUUCUUAUAGCGACGGUGCAGAGGCGAAUUUUGCGGCUGAGUCAGAACGAAGUACUGAAAAGGGUUUGCUUUUUCCACAAGAAACUCCUCAAAGAUAUUCUGACCCACGUCGCCACUUCCAUGACCCUCGACCAGCUCGUCCAGGUCUUUCCGCAGCGCUUCAGCACCUCCGCGGCCGCCGACUGCGACAACAAGGCCGCCGAGCUGAACUACGUCGGCGGCAACGACCUGGGAUAUAUCGAGAACGAGCUCGACAUCCUCAACGAGAUCCAGAACUACGAGCCCUUCGUGAUCAUCUGCAAGGAAACCAUGCACGCGAAUCAAAUCAACAAGCUUAUUAACACGACGGGCCAGCAGCUCCUCUGCACCCUCAACUUGUAAUUUUUCCAAAUUCUAUCGCUUCGACCAAACGUGAAACUAAAGCACAAACUCCGGGAUUAUUUGCGAAUUGUUUUAGAGUGAAUUUCCUAAGCCUUAGCAUAGACUGAUGUUUGAUUUGUACGUUUUUUCUACACGUCUUUACUACUUGUUUAUGGUUUUUAUAUGACUUGUUAUGUCUAGAUGAAGAUUUUAUUUUGUUGUGACUUUUCCGACGGGUUUUUCUGGGGCGCGGUAAUGCUUCCAGAGAAAGCGUCGGAGGUGUCAUCACUGUGAUAGAUUUUAUCCACUAUGUACGUAGGAAAUCAAAUUCGAUGUGAUAUAAAUGAUGCAGAUAAUUACAGAUUUUAUCAAGUG